ACUCUGCUCCAGCUCAAACGGAGCCCAGCCCCCAACACACCAAACCAGCCUGCCUCGGCUUAACAAGGGGAGUGAUGCGCGGCUGUUGGUGAAACUCCUGAUCUCGCUGCUGGCGUUUUACCUAAGUCGCAUCGAUUCAGUCCCCGGGUGCUUCUUUUGACGUCUUUUGGGAUGUUGCUACUACGCGCAGCUGGCCUGACAAGGUGUUUCCGUAGCUUUGGUUGUACUAAUGUUAGCUAACGGUAGCCAGGCACAAAGACGUUCAGUCAGCUACUAGCCGAUGUUAGCUAACGGUAACUAGCUUGCUAACAACACAGCCGGUGAGGACGAGCACAUCCUUGCGCAGCAAUACUCGAGUUAAUCUCUGCUGACUCGCUCCGUGGGUUGUGUUAGCUUGUUUGUGCUCGUGAUUUAUUUGUAGCCUAAGUCAAGUGGUUGUAUUAGCAGUCGCCACUCAUGACUAGGAUACUUCAAGCAACCUUUCUGAAUAACUGGGUCGUUGACUGCAUGUUAUCCAGCUAAACACGGCACAGCUUCGGUCUCGAACAGGGAUGGUGGCGGUAGCAAAACAAGCUAACGUUAGUCCGUCCCUGUGAAGAAGUGAGUGCAAGAAGUGAGGAAACAAUUCGGCCAAGUGGAAGUUCUUGCUUUUCUUUAUGCUAAUUGUAAUUCCGGGGUGGAUGACGCGAGGACGAACCUGCCAAUCCUUGAAUACGGACGGCUGAACUACAACUGGGAAUAUCGCUAACAGAUCGAACGGAUUAUUUUUUGUCUCUAAGUGGAUUUCGGCCUCCUGUUCAGGAUCGUCUUGGGAACACAAUAAGUUAUUUGACAUUGAGUGAGCCCAGCCCCUUAAAAUAUUCUCUCUACAUCCGACCUUCACCCUCCGAUGCGGAGAUUUCAGUAGCACCGGCAACCAAAUCCCCCACGGCGGCCGGACAUGCUGAAGUGUAUCCCCCUGUGGCGCUGCAACCGCCACGUCGAGUCGGUGGACAAGCGACAUUGCAGCUUGCAGACAGUCCCUGAUGAGAUAUUUCGCUACAGUCGCAGCCUGGAAGAGCUUCUCCUCGAUGCCAACCAACUCAAAGAGCUACCAAAGCCUUUCUUCAGACUACUGAACCUCCGGAAGCUCGGCCUGAGUGACAAUGAGAUCCAGAGACUCCCUCCUGAGGUGGCCAACUUCAUGCAGCUGGUGGAACUGGACAUCUCCAGAAACGACAUUCCUGAGAUCCCCGAGAGCAUUAAGUUUUGCAGGGCUUUGGAGAUUGCAGACUUCAGUGGAAACCCCCUAUCCAGAUUGCCAGAUGGCUUUACUCAACUCCGAGCACUGGCUCACUUGGCACUCAACGACGUGUCAUUGCAGACGUUGCCCAACGACAUUGGAAACCUUGCCAACCUGGUGACUUUGGAGCUCAGGGAGAACCUGCUGAAGUCUCUGCCCACGUCACUCUCAUUUUUGGUGAAACUGGAACAGCUGGACCUGGGCAGCAAUGAACUGGAAGUUUUGCCGGACACCCUCGGGGCUCUGCCCAACCUGAGGGAGCUAUGGCUUGACCGUAACCAGUUGUCCUCAUUACCGCCAGAGCUGGGGAACCUCCGGAGACUGGUGUGUUUGGACGUGUCAGAGAAUCGUCUGGAGGAGCUUCCCUUGGAGCUAAAUGGCCUCCUGGCUCUCACUGACCUGCUGCUCACACAGAACCUGCUGGAGGUUGUUCCUGACAGCAUAGGCUGCCUGAAACAGCUAUCCAUCUUGAAGGUGGACCAGAACAGAUUAACCCACCUGACUGAUUCAAUAGGAGAGUGUGAAAACCUCACAGAACUCGUUUUGACAGAGAACCUUUUACAGUCACUUCCUCGCUCGCUGGGCAAGCUGAAGAAGCUGACCAACCUGAAUGUAGACCGUAACCGCUUGGGCAGCGUGCCCAAAGAGCUGGGCGGCUGUGCCAGCCUCAACGUCCUCUCACUGAGAGACAACCGCCUGGGCAAACUUCCUGCUGAGCUUGCAGACGCCACUGAGCUACAUGUGCUGGAUGUGGCUGGAAACAGAUUACAAAACCUGCCUUUUGCCCUGACAAACCUCAAUCUGAAGGCCAUGUGGCUGGCAGAGAACCAGUCGCAGCCAAUGCUCAAGUUCCAGACAGAGGAUGACGAGCGCACGGGAGAGAAAGUUUUGACCUGCUACUUACUGCCCCAGCAGCCUUCUCCAAGCCUUGAGAACUUGUUGCAAAACAGCGUGGAUGACAGUUGGACAGACAGCAACCUGAACCGAGUGUCAGUCAUUCAGUUCCAGGAUGAGACCAAAGCUGAGGAUGAGGAUGACGAGGCUGCUGCAGAGCGCAGGGGCCUGCAGCGCAGAGCCACACCCCACCCUAGUGAGUUAAAGGUGAUGAAAAAGGUGAUUGAGGAGAGGAGGAAUGAAGCUUACACAUCAAGACCCGAUGGGGAAGAAGAGCCCCUUGAUCCACAGGAAAAGCGGCUGAGUGACCUGUCCAAUCAGAGCCAUGACUCCCAGGUGUCCAACAGCACGCUGUCGGCCACCUCCCAUGAGGACAGACACAACGUGACGGCAGCCUCGCAGAGGGAGGGCCUUGUAGACGGCCACUCCCCUCAGGAGGAGGAGGAGCUUGAUGAGAUGGAGGUGGAGUACAUUGAGCCCACUGUGCACUUUGCAGAGGAGCCCAUCAUCCGUGGUGGGGACGAGGAUGACGAGGAGGACGGUGAAGACGGUGAGAGGAGUGACGAGGAAGACGAGAGGCCUGCCUUUCCUGUGGAGAAGCAGCGUCUGAUAAGAAAGGACACUCCACACUACAAGAAGCACUUCAAGAUCACCAAGCUGCCCAAACCCGAGGCUGUGGCUGCGCUGCUGCAGGGCUUCAGUCCCGAUGGCCUCAACUCUGCAGCACAGGCCACAGAGGACGAGCAAGAAGAGGAGGAAGAGCAAUGUCUGUGCACCCCUCAGCACCAUCACAGAAUGGAUGAGCUCGUUGACAGCCGGCAUCAGGUCAACUCUAGUCAAGUAAAGGGGGUGUCAUUUGAUCAAGUCAAUAAUCUGCUGAUUGAACCUGCUCGAAUUGAGGAGGAAGAGCACACCCUGACCAUUCAGAGACAAACAGGUGGCCUGGGUAUCAGCAUUGCUGGAGGGAAAGGAUCUACGCCUUACAAAGGAGAUGAUGAGGGAAUCUUCAUUUCCAGAGUAUCUGAGGAUGGUCCUGCAGCCAGAGCAGGGGUGAAAGUGGGAGACAAACUCCUAGAGGUGAAUGGUGUGGACCUCCACGAGGCAGAACACCACACUGCAGUUGAAGCUCUCCGUAGCUCCGGUGCUACAGUUUCCAUGACAGUGCUGCGGGAGCGUAUGGUGGAGCCAGAGAACGCCAUCACCACCACACCCCUUAGACCAGAGGACGACUACUUCCCGCGGGAGAGACGGAGUAGCGGCCUCGCCUUCAACUUGGAGACCACUCCCACAGGGCCUCAGCAGCGGCUCUCCACCUGCCUGAUCAGAAAUGACAAGGGGCUGGGGUUCAGCAUCGCUGGGGGCAAAGGAUCCACGCCCUAUCGCACCGGAGACACGGGAAUCUACAUCUCUCGCAUUGCAGAAGGCGGAGCAGCACACAGAGACAGCACACUGCAUGUAGGAGACAGGGUGAUCUCCAUCAAUGGUGUAGACAUGACAGAAGCCAGACAUGACCAGGCAGUAGCGCUCCUUACCGGCACCUCCCCCACCAUCACCCUUCUGGUUGAGAGAGACCCGAAUGCACCAGGGGGUCAAACCCGGGCACGAGCCCACUCCCCUCCACCCCCAGAACCCUCAGAAUCACCAGACCAGGAAGAGGAAGGCCUUUCUCUCCAUGGGAACCACCUGAGCCAAAUGGCGGAUGAGUAUCCCAUCGAGGAAGUGACAUUGGUGAAGUCAGGUGGUCCCCUAGGCCUGAGCAUUGUGGGAGGCAGUGAUCAUGCCAGUCACCCAUUUGGCAUCAAUGAACCUGGAGUGUUCAUCUCAAAGGUGAUUCCCCAUGGCCUUGCAUGUCAAAGUGGACUGCGCGUUGGGGACCGAAUACUAGAAGUGAACUCCAUCGACCUGCGUCACGCCACGCACCAGGAAGCAGUGCGAGCCCUGUUGGCUAACAAGCAGGAGAUCCGCAUGUUGGUACGGAGGGACCCUUCACCACCUGGGAUGCAGGAAAUUGUGAUCCAGAAGCAGCCUGGGGAGAAACUUGGCAUCAGUAUUCGCGGAGGGGCUAAGGGUCAUGCAGGAAACCCCUUUGACCCUACAGAUGAAGGCAUCUUCAUCUCAAAGGUGAGUUCGAGUGGUGCAGCAGCAAGAGAUGGCCGGCUGCAGGUGGGCAUGCGCAUCCUGGAGGUGAACAACCACAGCCUGCUGGGGAUGACACACACAGAGGCAGUGCGAGUGCUUCGUGCUGUGGGAGACUCCCUGAGCAUGCUGGUGUGUGACGGCUUCGACCCCCGAAAGGUGGCUGCCGUGGAGGCAUCUCCUGGUGUCAUUGCCAACCCAUUUGCAACAGGCAUUGUUCGCAAGAACAGUAUGGAAAGUAUCUCUUCUAUAGACCGAGACCUGAGCCCAGAAGAGAUGGACAUCAUGCAAAAGGAGUCUGAGAUGGUGAGAGAGACAUCACAGUGGGAGCGUGAAGAGAUGGAAAAAGUGGAGCGUAUGCGCUUGGAGCGAGAGGAGGCAACUCGCCUGCUAGAAGAGGAGACUGAGGUGAGACACUCCUCAUCGGCAGGUCCGCAGACAACCUCCUUCCUGUCUGUGCGGAAGAACAUUGGCACUGGACCUCUAAAACUUGACUACAAAACCCUGGCGGCACUGCCCACCACCAGUCUGCAGAAAAUCAACAGGGCGCCUCCCUCUGAUUUCAGCAGGACGGACAGCCCAAUAAGAGAAGCACCUUACUCUCCCACAAUCCAACCGGCAAACAUUCAUUACACUUCUACUCCUACUGCCAAGGAUGACACUUCAUCAUCAACGCGACCUGGUGCCAUCCAGCCAGUCGGGCGCGUGCGGCAGAGUUCCUCCCCCGCCACCCCGGACGGCCACAGUCCCAACCCCUUCCAGCAUGGCCCUUCCCCCUUCAACUCCCAGACCUCUGACCUGUAUGAUGUAAGGAACAAUUUCCACCUAAAGCAGCCAUCUCCAGAGCCUCAGUUGAACAACGAGGUGUUUGAUGAUGACAUAGAUGUUCAGGAGAGAACUGGUAAGGAUCUGACCAGCAAUGUCUCUCCCCGUCGGGAGUAUAUGAGCCUGGCAGCAGUGCCUCGACUCUCCAGGCCUUCUGUGGAGCUACAGAGUCCUUCUCCUGGUGGUAAGGACAGCCCAGAGCAGCGCUCUUUCAGGGACCGACAGAAGUAUUUUGAGAUUGACGUGAAGCAGCAAACGCCAGACAAACCCAAGCCUCGAGUCUCUCUUGUUGGAGAAGAUGACCUAAAGAAAAUGAGAGAGGAAGAAGAGAGGAAGUUUGAGCAGCGGGCGCGGGAGUACCUGCUGGAUGAAGAUGAUGAGGAUGAUGAUGAGGAGGAGGACCUUGCUAAGCAGGUGGCACAGAUGAAGGCCACUGGCAAAGUGUUGCUGGAUGGAGUGGAGUACAAGGUAGAGCCAGUAUCCACCCCAUCUCAGCACUGCUCCACACCGCCAUGCUAUAACGUCACACCACCCAGCUACUGUGGCAGCUCAGGGCCUUCCUCUGUUGAUGGUAGAGGAGACUCACAGAGGAAUUCACUGGAAGACAGCUUCAGGAUGGAGCAGAGGCCCAAUUCCAUGACUGGCCUGAUCCCAAUGUACCCCGGGGAUUCGGCGGCUCCCAUCCGCACAGCCAAAGCCGAACGCAGGCAUCAAGAGAGACUUCGCAUGCAGAGCCCUGAGCUGGCUGUGGCCCCCGACAAGGAACUGUCCCCUGCUGAGAAACGAGCUCUGGAGGCUGAGAAGAGAGCCAUGUGGAGGGCAGCACGAAUGAAGUCUCUGGAGCAGGAUGCACUGAAAGCUCAGAUGGUCAUCGCCAAGUCUCGGGAUGGGAAGAAACGCGGCACACUCGACCAGCUGACGGAGUCCCCCUCGCCUGUCCCUACACCCUCACCAACACCCGUGGAAGAGCUCAGUCCUCGAGGACUAACCUCUCCAGGCAGGCUGUCCCUGUCGUCAAAGAAGUUUGACUACCGACAGUUUGCUGCCAUUCCUUCUUCCAAACCCGUGUACGACAUCCAGUCUCCUGACACAGUCGAUGACAUGCAGUUCAUCGACGACGGCUCCAGCAAACCAGGACACGCUGUGAGCCCCGAGGCCGAGGUUCCCACCUCACUGCCCGCCACCUCAGCCCUGGAGGAGAUGGCUCUGUACAGCAACAAGCGCAAACUGAGGCAGGGCCGCCGCAGCCUGGAAACCGCUGUGCCCACAUAACACCUCACGCGGAGAGAAGAAAUCCGAAGGCCAAAUGCAAACACACAUUUAAAUUCACUGUGGAACACUGGUAACACGUGGGUGCAUCCACAGGAGGUGCACACUCACCAAACACUACACAGCAUCAGUAGAGCGAGAUUUACUCUCCUAUAUAACCACUGCAGAGACUACGAGUCACCACACAUACACACUCACUUAUAUCCUGCGUGCCAGUCUUGACUGUACAGUGUGUGGAUGAGUUGGCAAGUUGUUCAACAGUCCCUCAAGGGCAAGAAAGAUCUAGUGUGGUCAGCUAGGACUUGCUACUCACAGACCAUUCUUUUUUGUUCUUUUUUGUUCUACAUUCGGUUUACCCAGUAGAAACUGUUUGGUUUUUUUUUAAGGUGACCUUUGUUUUUUCUUUUUUCUUUAUGCCUCCAAUAAUUUUGCUGUUUAAAAAAAAAAGACAUACUGGAAAAGAAAAGAAAUGGGUCAUAGCUAUACUAAAGAUUUUAGGUUUUCAGUGAAUAGAUUGUAAAAUGUCAGGGGUUUCUUGAGGCUUUGGCAGACAGGAGUGUACAUAUUAAUUGAGGACGAAACAUCCUGCUACCUUCGCAGUCACAAAUUGUGGAGUUUUUUUUAAAAAAAAACAACAUUUUUUUGCACUGCCACUGAUCAGCUUUUUAAAAACUUAUAUCUUAAGUAAUUUAUUGUUUUUAAUUCAUUUUACUUAAAUUGAAGGCCUUCUAUUUUAUACUGUUUUAACCCAUCCAGUUCUAUUGGACAUAAAACACGAGUGAUGUUUAUCAUGAUGCAUCAUUAAAUAAAGUUCAAUGAUAGUUAUGGCUCAAUACGUCAAAGCUUCUAAGUCAUGAAAUGCAUAUCACUUUAUAUCACUGAAUCUACUCUAUAUACCCAAUAGAAAAUAUAAACCUAUAGAGUGUAGCGAUUGCAUAUCAUUGUCACAUUACGGUAAUGAGUAAUUCCACACUGUUGGUGGCUCCAAAUAAGCAUCUAUCCAGAUUUACCGACUAUGUUACAUUCCCUUGUAGAUAAUGACUACACUGGAGGCAGCAGCAUUAAACUGGCAGUUUUACGGAUGAACAGUUCAGAAUAUACAUAAGUUUGAUAACGUGCAUUUUUAUCAUCAUCUACUAAUUAAAGGUACUUACAUUACCCUGUUAAGGGUAUUUGCUCUCUUUUUUUUUUUUUUUUUAAAUCAAUGUGAAUCAUUCAUUUCUAUCCUUGAAAUACCUGGAGGUGUUCCAGAGUGACGUGAAGGUAGCGGAUGUUUUAUUUUUCUGUCUAUGGUUAAUUUAAAUCUGAUGCCACUGAAAAAUCAUUUAUUAUUGUGUGAAUAAUGUACAAAUAGUGAAAGGAAAGCAGACUUUGGGUUUGAAACUGAGCCAGUCUUGACCCAGACCAAGUCAGUGUCUGGACUGCUAAUGCAUCUGGGUUUGGACAGGCUUGGCAUCGGGAUGCUCUCUGCAUGUAUAUUGGUUUGUUAAUGGGAGAGCGGAGAGAGGCGGAACGGAUUAGAAAUCCCUCUCAAGACAUUGAUCCUGUCUCAAGACAUUCAGUUCACUGCUUGACAUACUGUCAGUUUAUGUAUCUGAUGGAUAUUUUUGCAGAAUCACAGCAUAGUAGCAUUUGUGUUAAUUUAAUGUAGGGUCUUCUAAUAAUAGCUUUCCAUGUUGCUCUCAUUGACUGAAAUUCAGUUUGUUUGAUAACACUUGCAAUGGCUGAUAUCUCCUUUUUUUAACUUACGAUAGGUAAAUCUUUUUGCAGAUGGGUUUCACUACAUUAUUAAUGCAGUGUUUCAAGUUUUUGUGUUUAUUCUUUUGUCUUGAGUUCUCUUUGGGGGCUUUUACUUGCAAAUAGGUCAGAGGGAAAGGGUCAGAAGUCCUAGGGUCAAGGGUUAGAGCUCAUACAAGACUGUAACUAGUGAAUUUGUACAACCAAAGAAGUCUAUUUUGUGGUUCAGGAAUAAUAAAUUUUACUUUUCAUUUAAGAAGCUGA